CAGCUUACCCGUCUCUCUCUUGUUCUCUGAACUCUCUGUCAGAAAUGGACCAGAUUCACCACAAGUACGUAACCGUACAAGGCCUGAAGCUCCAUGUCGCCGACAUCGAAACAGGUCAGCACUCCCGGAAAACCAUGCAAUCAAGUCCCAACGUGGUCGUGUUCCUGCAUGGUUUCCCGGAGAUAUGGUAUUCCUGGCGCCACCAGAUGAUCGCCGUAGCCGACGCCGGUUUCCGGGCCAUCGCUCCUGACUACCGCGGAUACGGACUAUCCGACCCGCCUCCCCAACCCGAGAAGACCUCCUCCCAUGACCUCAUCAAUGACCUUCUUGGAAUUCUUGAUGCUUUGCGUAUUCCUAAGGUUUUCCUCAUCGGAAAAGAUUUUGGAGCUAGACCGGUAUACUUGUUUGCCCUUCUGCACCCGGAAAAGGUGUUGGGAGUUGUAACAAUGGGAGUUCCAUACAGGCCACCAUCAACUCGUUCCCCAUAUGAUAAAGAGCUCCCUGAAGGUUUCUACAUCAAUAGAUGGCGGAAACCUGGCAGGGCUGAAGCUGAUUUUGGAUGCCUUGAUGCAAAAACAGUUGUUAGGAAUGUUUACAUCCUUUUCUCAAGAAGCGAACUACCAAUAGCUGCUGAGAACCAGGAGAUCAUGGACUUGGUGGACUCGUCUACACCUCUUCCCCCUUGGUUUACUGAGGAAGAUCUUGAAGCAUAUGGAAAGCUGUAUGAGAAAUCAGGUUUCCGAACUGCCUUGCAAAUGCCAUAUAGGGCAUCCACAGACGACUUGGGCACAACCGAAUCAAUCGUUAGAGUUCCAGUGCUGUUUUUAAUGGGAGAGAAGGAUUAUUUAUUGAAAUUUCCAGGGAUAGAUCAUUACAUAAACAGUGGAAAGUUAAAUGAGUUUGUCCCCGAUUUGGAGAUUGUAUCUCUGCCGGAAGGAACACAUUUUGUUCAAGAACAAUCACCUAAACAGGUUAAUGAGCUCAUCCUCACCUUCCUCAGAAAGCACAUUUGAUCGCUCAUGCUUGUAUUAUGAUGAUUACCAGAUAUGAAGUUUGUCCAAAGUUUGGGAGAGAGGUCAUGUGGUGUG